AAGCCUGCUCCCGCGCCCUCUGCCAUGGCCACCAGGCUCCUCUGCUGUGUCGCCCUUUGUCUCCUGGGAGUAGAGUCCAAAGAUCCUGGAGUCAUCCAGACACCCAGGCAUGCGGUGACAAAAAUGGGACAAGCAGUAACGCUGAGUUGUGAGCCGAUGUCAGGCCACGCUGCCCUUUAUUGGUACAGACAGACCUCGGUGCGGGGACUGGAGUUUCUGAUUUCCUUCAGCUACGAAGCUCCUGUAGACCAGUCAGGGAUGCCCAAGGCCCGAUUCUCAGCUACGAUGCCUAACGCGUCAUUCUGCACUCUGAAGAUCCAGCCCACAGAACCCGGGGACUCAGCCACGUACCUCUGUGCCAGCAGCAAAGACACAGCGCUUCAGAGUCACAUGGGUGCCAUGGUCAUCCAGAAGCCAAGAUACCUGGUUACCAGGGUGGGAAAACCAGUGACCCUGAGUUGUUCUCAGAAUCUGAAUCAUGAUGUCAUGUACUGGUACCAACAGAAGCUGAGCCAAGCGCCAAAACUGCUGCUUUACUACUACGAUAAAGAACUCAACAAUGAAAAAGACACCUCUGAUAACUUCCACUCCAGCCGGCCGACCACCUCUUUCUGUUCUCUUGAUAUCCGCUCAGCAGGCCUGGGGGACUCAGCCGUGUAUCUCUGUGCCAGCAGCAGAGACACAGAGCUGAAGCCUUACCUCCCCUCUGUUCAUAAACCUCUGUUUCCCAGAUCCAAGAGCCUCCUCUAG